UUCUGACCAGUUUUCAUUUUGGUUCCUAUAGGCAAGGUUGGUGUUCCAAAGCAGUUGAUUGUCACUAAAGAUCCAUCAUCUAUUCCAAAUGAAGUUGAUAAAGCUGGGCUAAAAUUGCCUCUCGGUAGAGUUACUUUAUCCUUCUUCUCGUGUGUUUUGGGUAUGUUUUCAGGGGCAUUGGUUUUUUCUUUUAGUGUUAGGACACAGUUUCCUCCUCUAAAUGAAACCGAUUAUGGCAUCUACAUACCAACGUGAUGGUCGCACAAGGAUUUAUUGAUAUAUCCUAGAGAUCCUCUGGAUUUCCAUGGCUAAUGUUUUCAUGGUAUGUAUAGUCAUAAUGAUUGGCAGGAGGCAGGCUUCUUUGAACAAUUUGGUAGGGGAGCUUUGUUGUCAGCUAUUGCAGACUGAUGAAUCCCGACUUGGAUACUGCAACUAUUGACCUCUGUUUAUUUUGUAUUUCAGUUGUCAAACUACUGGUUGUGGAUGGUAGUGCCAAGUCACAUGAACUAUUUCUUGCUUACGACCAAUGCUCCAUCUCAGAACUCGAACCUCCCUUGGUCCUACAGGAGUUUGUAAAUCACGGUGGUGUUCUCUUUAAAGUUUAUAUCGUUGGGGAAGCCAUAAAGGUUGCAAGGUGUUUCUCUCUUCCCAAUAUCAGUAAACGUGAACUAGAAAAGCUUGCUGGUGUCUUCCGUUUCCCAAGGGUUUCAUGUGCUGCGGCUUCAGCAGACGAUGCAGACCUUGACCCUAGUGUUGCUGAACUUCCUCAACGACCUUUGUUAGAGAACCUUGCAAGGGAGCUCCGCCAACGAUUGGGCCUUCGGCUAUUCAAUGUUGAUAUGAUUCGAGAGCAUGGGACAAAGGAUGUUUUAUAUGUCAUUGACAUCAACUACUUUAUGAUAAAAUCACUAGGUACAAAACAUUUAUAUAUUAAAAACAGAUUGCAAUCUGCAUAA